GACGUCGCCGGUGAUCGGAGCUUUCCACCUCUUCGAGAAAUGAAUGAGAGCCUCGGGCGCGAACAUGACGUCGAGGAUCACGACCACCACAAACACCAAGGGGGGUCGAAUUACAGCUCCGGGGAUAUCAUUUCAUUUCACAAAAACGGUUCGCGUCUCAGUGUUGGCCCAAACGGCCCAAACUAGCCGCGCGUUAGCCGCUGGCGCUGGCGCAGCUGGUGGCGGCAACAGAGACACCUGUCCCGACCCCUGAGUCCGACAGAGAGGGAUAGGGGGAGAACCGAAUGAACGCGACCAGAGGCCACUGAGGCCACUGAGCUGCACCCGGGGCACGCACUUGCAGCGGCCGCACCAUGUCCAGGCGCAGCAGCAAGAGCAGCUCCUCGGCCGGGGAGUUCGACGUGUGCGCCGUGAGCGCGACCAGCACCCCGGCCAAGAGCCCCCCUCCCCGCUCGGGGGCGGGCUCGGGGACCAGGCCCGGGUCCGAGCAGCGCUCGCCAGCAGGCUCACCGUCGCUCAGCACGACGAUGAGCGACGGCCGUGCCCAGGCGGCCCAGGCCAGCCCCGCUAGGGCCGUCCAGUUCUCGCAGCGUAGGCGGAGCAGUGGCAGCAGCAGGAGCAGCAGCUCCAGGAGGCCGCACGACCUGGCGGACCUCUCCUCGAGGUUCCUGGGUUCCGAUUUCAGCCGGUCGCCCGGCCUCAGCCCGCUGCUUGAAGACUCGUUGAACGGCGACUCCGUGGCCCGCCUGCUGGACGAGGAGGCCGAGGACGUCCGCCUCGCCUCCAUGCUGGCCGCCUCGGUUGGCGGCGGCCCCGUCUUCGGGCCCCCGCCACCCAGGUUCCCGCUGAGCGAGUCCCUUCACCACGCGCAAAGGGACAUGUGCGCCAUGCCCGUCGGGGACAGCGUCCUUUACCUUGGAGACGGCGAGGAGCCCAGCAACCUGUCCCCCGCGGAGGUGGCCGUCAUGAUGCACCACCUCGAGCAAGGCGUGAGCAUGACGGCACCCCCGGAGCAGCUCUUCAAGUUCCUCUUUCCUAACGCAUCCAGGGCCGCCAUCACGAGGAAAGCGUCGGGCGGUGAGGAGGGCGGCGUCCGGGCCGGGGCGGGGCUGAAGGCGGCGGGCGCGCCCAACGACAACACGCUGCACAAGGGCGAGUCCUGCCCCAUCGUAUGCUUCGGCACGGGCUUCCCCGCCCGGCCCCAGCCACGCACCUGCGUGCAGCUGCGCGGCGACACGCCACCCAAGUGGUUCCCCGGGUACUUCGUGGCCCUGCCGGAGACGGGGGGCACGCUCCAAGUCAAGAGGUCCCCGACGGAGGUGAUGCAGGCAGCCUACAUGGCGGCCAGGCCACGCAACAUCCCACCCGAGUGUCGCUUCGUCUAUUGAAAGUGCCAGGGAGGGGAAAUUACAAACAUGUACAUUGAGUAGAUUUUAUGUCUCAUCAGCCGUGAUAUACAUCAAUUAUUGUCUGGCACAUUGUCGUCGCUGAAUAAAGUUGUUACAGCAUUGAA